AUGAUGAAGAAGAGACUGAAUGUGUACGAUGGAAGCAGUAGUAGAAGAGAAACGACGUCGUCUGAGAUGAAAGAAGAAAAAUCCGAAUGGGAAAUGCGACCCGGGGGAAUGUUAGUACAAAAACGAAUCGGAAAACCGGAAGCUCCGGUAGCCAAUUUGCGCCUCCGAAUCGGCUACGGUGCACUCCGUCACGAUAUCUACGUGAGUUCGACGGCAACAUUCGGGGAAGUGAAGAAGCUAAUGAGCGAUGAAACAGGAUUGAAAGUAGAAGAACAGAGAUUGAUAUACAGAGGAAAAGAGCGAGAAAAUGGAGAGUAUUUGGAUGUGUGUGGAGUGAAAGAUAAAUCGAAGCUGGUGUUGAUUCAAGAUGCUUCUAGUAUUGAGCGACGGUUCAUUCAGAUGCGGAUUAAUGCUAAGAUCCAAACUGCAAAUCGCGCGAUCAACAAUGUGUGUCUCGAGCUUGAUCAGCUAGAAGAGCAGGUCUCUGUAAUUGAAAAAUCGAUUUCCAAUGCUGUCAAAGUACCGGAUGUUCAGAUUGUAACGUUGAUUGAGAUGCUUAUGAGACAAGCAAUUAAGUUGGAAAGUAUUUCGGCACAAGGAGAUGCCUCUACACAGAAAAUUUUACAGGGAAAGAGAGUGCAGAAGUGUGUUGAAACUCUGGAUAUGCUAAAGACGUCUAAUGCAACAGUGAAGCCUGUUGUUGUUACAACCAAGUGGGAGAUUAUCGAUCAUUCUCCCUCUACUACCAAUUGGGAAUUAUUUGAUUGA